CAAAUCCGUAAAAAAACCAAUUUAAACAAAAUGGAAAAAUUUAUGAGCGAUGCAUUGCAAAAUGGUCACGCGGCAAAUGCACAAAAUGAGGUGCCAGUUGGAUGUGUGUUUGUCUAUCGUGAUGAAAUUAUCGCAUACGGUGCAAAUUUAGUAAAUAAAACAAAGAAUGCAACGCGUCAUGCCGAAUUUAUAUGUAUCGAUCAAGUAUUAGAUUAUUGUAAACAACAUAAUUUACAGUACACCGAUGUAUUUCGUGAAAUUUCGGUUAUAGUUACGGUUGAACCGUGCAUUAUGUGUGCUGCUGCACUCAAUCAAUUACAAGUAAAAGAGAUUAUAUUUGGAUGUGUAAAUGAUCGAUUUGGCGGUACAACCGUGCUCAAUGUAUUUCACCUAUUGAAUUCAAAUGUUAAAUUACAAGGCGACAUUUGUGCCGACCAAGCAAUGGAUUUACUCAAGGAAUUUUAUAAAGGUGAAAAUCCGUCGGCACCAAUUCCGAAAAAGAGAAAAUGCUAAUCGAGAAAACCAAAAUUGGAAAUUAGAUGAAACCUAUAUAAAUGUUGAUCUGGUAUGAAUAAGUUUAAAAUAAAUAUAUAGAUUUAAGUUUGUUUUUUUCAAUGAAAAUAAAAGAGCAAAGUGUUCUAUAAAAUCUAAA